AUGAAGGUGCCAAAGACUAUCACUUACAAUAGUCUUGUUGAUCAAUUGUAUACUUUAAUCGGAGCUGACAAGUCUCGUAUUGAUCUUGACUUAAAUGUAAUCUAUCAUUUUGGAAGUAAAGAAUAUGGACAGGGGAUUGAAGUAUCAGUUAAAGGAGAUGUAUAUAGCUUUGGUGUAAUUCUUCUUGAGAUGAUAUCCAGAAAGAGACCCACAAGUAGUUUGUUUCAAGAUGGGCUUGAUCUGAGGAAAUGGGUACUUUCUUGCUGCCCAAACAACAUUUCUGAUAUUAUUGACAUCACUCUAAAAAAGCAGGCCACCAUAGAAGGCUUAGUUGGCAGUGUAGAGAGGCUUGAGGAAUGUUGCAGUAGUUUGCUUCAUGUGGCAUUGUCAUGCACAGAAGACAACCCUCAUCAAUGA